GUUAAAAAAAAUUGGUCGGUCUUAAUGCGGUCUAAAAUUUACAAUCGGCAAGUCGGUCGGACUAAAAGCAAAAAAAAAAAAUUGACAGGGUCGGUCGGGUUAUGGCAAACAAGAAUAUUUUUAAGGAUGGCCUCACCAAUGCAAUCAAGAGCCAGUAUAAAAAGGAUUGUAGACCGAGUCAGAGACAAUCCCAUCCUCAACGGUUUCUCCAUUCCUCUGCCCAAUCUGAAUGCCAAGUCCAUCUCUACAUUCAUGGCACAGGAAGAGAAGAAGGCUAACUACAGGGCAACAGUAAUGCCAAAGGUGAAACCUCACCAAAGAGUGCUGUCAGAAGAACCAAUGUCAGCAGCUCCUACUCUGCCAGAAUCCCUUCCAGCUCCAGAUCGACCUCAGGUUCAGUACCAGAGCUUACGUUAUGUAGCUGGGAAAAGGCAUGAACAGAAGGGGAAGUUUUUCAGUUCUUCAUUUCACAAGUUAGAUGUGGAAAUGCUUGUGAACCAGCCCAUUCAACCAAAAACCCAUGUGGCCACGUACAUCCCACCCAGAGCAUCAGCAGCACCUGUCCUGGUAGUGGUUCCUGCACAGCCACCGGGACCAUCCAUGAUGCUCUGUGGGGCAUCCAGCAGUCAAGGGUUCAUACCUUUCGCACCGCCUCCUGAGCUGACAUCCAGAUUAAUCAAGCCUCAUAAAUCCAUGAAGCCUUGUGGGCCCUGCCAAGUACCCCAAUGUGGUGGGCAGCAUAAGAGGUACACCCCCUCCAAAGACAAGGCUGCUGAAAGUAGCCAAAAACUAUUUACCUAUUGCCCAGCAACUAAGAAGUCCACCACUUCAGGUUUUGAAGGUGUUGUGUUCAACAGUUUUGAACACUUCAAAAGUGUAGUAGAUGAGGAACUAAAAAAGAAAAAAAUUACAACUACAUACAUCUGCAACUACAUCCCCCAAAUCACAAUAGCAGAUUUCUGGGGUAUGGUUUGGACUUGGUUCAGACCUGGAUUAGACCUAGUUUAGAUCUUACCCUAAUUUGGUCCUGGUUUAGACAUGGUGUGUUCACAGCGUCUUGUUUGUGUUCCCUGUGUAACCACUAGAUGUCCUCCUUCCCCACGGUGUCUGUCACUUCCUGAACCACAUUCCCCACGAUCUCUGUCUCCUCAUUGCACUCAGCUGUCACGGGUCAUUAAUCAUUGCACUCAGCCAAUUCCCCAUUAGCACUGUCAUUUCCUUGUGUAUUUAUACCCUGUCUGUUUUAGUAUGUGUCACUGAGUCCUUGUAGUUUUCACGACUAUUCUAGUCUUGUUCUCGCCCGUGUGUUUAGUGUCUGUUUAUGUUGUUUGGCUA